AUGAUACGCUUUGCAGAUGAUAUAGUUUUGCUCGCCACAUCUGAAAACGAUCUACAAACAGCACUUAUUGAAAUGGAUAACAUAUUUCUAGAAUUCAAAUUAAAUAUAAAUACGGAAAAAACAAAAAUAAUGAUAUGUAGCAAACAAAAUGAAUCAAACAUUAACAUAUCCAUAAAAGGCAAAAGAAUGGAACAAAUAAAUCAAUUUAAAUAUUUGGGAAGUAUAAUAGAUAAUGAAGGAAGGUCAAAAAAGGAAAUUAAAAGUAGAAUAGGGCAAGCAAAAAAGGCAUUUCUACUUAAGAGUAAAUUACUAACUUCAAAAAAUGUAGAUCAAAGAACGAGAAAUCGUUUAACUAAAACAUACGUAUUGAGCACAGCAUUAUAUGGUUGUGAAACAUGGACGUUGAACAAAAAAGAGGAAACCGCUCUAGAAGCUUUUCAAAUGUGUUGUUGGCGUAAAAUGGAGAAAAUAAAAUGGACGGAAUUGAAGACAAACGAAGUAUUAGAUUUAGUCAAAGAGAAAAGAACAUUGCUAAAUAAUUUAAGAUCAAGACGAUGGCAUAUGAUAGGUCAUACGUUAAGACAUAAUGAAGAACUCCAUAGCCUCAUACUGGAAGGUAUGAUAGAAGGGAAACGCGGAAGAGGUAGGCCAAGAACAUGUUACAUAAGUCAAAUAAUUAAAGAUGCAAGAGUCGAUUCGUACAAACAACUCAAAGACAAAGCACAAGACAGAAAAUCAUGGAGAGAACAUUUAUUGUAG